AUGGGAUAUAAGAUAUAUUCUAACUCUGACUUAGUUCAAACAGUAACAUGGGCAAACUAUGAAUGGUUCGCUUUGAGAAACUCAGUACAACCACAAGCUAGAGAACAAACAGACCAGUAUGCAACUAUUGAGAAAAUAAGAAGACUUGACCCUAACGUUCCAGGAGUUUAUGUUAACCUUUCUGGUUCAGAUGGAAUUGCUGCCACUAAAGUAAAACUGAAACUUAGAGUUCCUUUGUCAUCUUUCCUCAUCUUCAGGUUUUUAAGAUACUUGCCAAACUGGGCAGGAAAAAUUUCUAUCGAACUUACUCCAAGCAAAAAUAACUUAGUCAUUGCACCAACACAAGACCCAUUCACUCUUACAGACGUAAAGGGAACAAAUAAAACGUCAUUCGCCGAAUUUUGCAAAGACAAAGUUGACUUAGACUUUGGUUUCUCAAACCUCAACACUGAAGUAAACUAUUAUUUCAAUGCUGCUGGAGAUGCUUGGGACCCAGUUAAGUUCACAUGCGAAAAAUUUGAAUGCAAGAGAAUAGAAAGCAGACUUGCAGUCUAUAUGUUGGACCCAGAUAUUUCAAAUGCUUUAGCUGCCAAAUAUAUUGCAGUUCCACUUAUGUUCCCUAUACACCAAAUAUCUGUCAAAGACUUUGCAGGUGAAGUUGGAAACCAAAAUCCAGGAGCCGAAGGUGCAAGAACAGAUAUUGCUU